GUUAUUUUCAUUUAUUCUUAGCUGAAGGCCUCACGAUAAGCCGGACAGCUGCUGAAAUUGCAUCUGUGGCCAUGGCGUCCCCCGCAGAUGAAAAUUACAUCGUCCAAGGUCUGUCCGCUCCGACAACGGUCCGAAGAGAGAACCUAGAGGGUGCUGUGACUACCGAGCUUCCCGAGCCCGCUGGAGCGGACGAGACGGAUGACGGUGGAGAUAAUGACUCUGCGCUGGAUGCGGCCAGUUUGUCCUCAGAGACUACGAGUCUCAGUUCAUCCGUGACGAAGUACCGUGAGGAAAAUGGAAGAAGAUACCAUGCGUAUGGGUCUACGGAGCAUUGGGGGCCCAACGAUGAACAGGCCCAGGAACAGCAAGAUCUUAGUCACCACCUCUGGUGCUUGACUCUCCGUGGAAAGUUAUACCUUGCCCCGAUUGAAAAACCACAAAGUAUCCUAGAUCUCGGUACCGGCACUGGAAUCUGGGCCAUGGACAUGGCUGAUGAGCACCCUCAGGCCGAAGUCAAAGGGAUCGAUCUGUCUCCCAUUCAGCCACCCUGGGUGCCGCCAAACCUAAAAUUUGAGAUCGACGACUACAAUCUAGAUUGGUUAGAUGUUGAAAAGUUCGAUCUUAUUCAUUCUCGUGAACUCCUUGGGACAGUCCCUAGCUGGCCAGACUUGUACAAAAAGGUUUUCAGUGCUCUUAAACCCACCGGCUGGUUUGACCAGGCAGAGCCGGGACUUUUCUUCACUUCUAGCUACGAUACGCUAGGCGAUGAUCAUGUUUACCAUCAAUGGGGGAAACUGAUGGUGGAGGCUGGGCAGAAAUCCGGCAUGAAUUUCGAUAUUGGCCCGCACCUCAAAGGCUGGCUUGAAGAUGCCGGAUUCAUCAAUGUUACUGAAAUCCGAGUUCCCUGGCCGAUUGGCAACUGGGCCAAAGAUCCGCAUCAGCAAGAGAUCGGAGUUUUUAACAAAAUACGGCUAGAACAGGGUAUCUUGGACUUCUGUUCUCGUCGUUUCUCGAACAACAUGGGCUGGAAACCGGAGGAACUUGAGAUAUUCGGGAUCAAGAUGAGAACUGCACUCAAAACUCGGAAACUGCUUGCCCACCAGUGGGCGUACUUUGUAUAUGCACAGAAACCGCCGUCUACCUAGGUAAAAGGACAGGGAAAUGUAAAUUCUAGGUUUCCCUUGCUAGGAAAUAAGGAUCAUCUCAAGAAGCAACAUCAAAACUGUCAACUGUGUUACUAGAAGGCAAAGUAUCCAAAGCAGUUGACGCAUGGUAUUGGGAAGAUAAUAGGGAAGUUGUUCACCAUUGACGAAUGCACAAAUCGAUGCACACUACUAAAUCUAGUCUUCUACUACAGUGAUUCGUGGCUGAAUUUUGGGCUCGGGAUCACUGCGUCCAUAACUUUUCAGCCCAUAUUCUACUAGAAUUGGCAUGAAACUAUGUGAUAUACAUCACGUGAUUAGGUGACCCUACCAGUGAUGAGUUGAUAUGUUUCUUUCAUUCGUGCUACGUCUUGUUAUUGAAUACACCUUAGUCCUCGA